UGUGUCUGGGUUUCUGUCUCCCUUUUUAAGAAAGAAGAUGGCACAGUGAACCGGGAUUUCAAGAAGACAAGAACAAAGGAACAGGUCACAGAGGCCUUCAGAGAAUUCACUAAAGGAAACCGUAACAUUCUGAACGGUUACCUUAAUCGGUUGAAGGGGAUCCGUGACACCCUGGAAACAUCGCCAUUCUUUAAAUGCCACGAGGUAAUUGGGAGCUCCCUCCUCUUCAUUCAUGACCAAAAGGAACAGGCCAAAGUCUGGAUGAUCGACUUUGGGAAAACCACACCACUGCCAGAGGGACAAUUCCUCCAGCACAACGUGCCGUGGGUGGAAGGGAACAGAGAGGACGGCUACCUCUGGGGGCUGGACAACCUCAUUGAGAUCCUAAUGGAAUUGUCACAGAGCGAGGACCUGCAUUAAAGCCAUAUGGCCAACUCCACCACUACCCAGCAUCCUGCCCCCCAAACUGACUCUUCUGAACUGCACUACAAGACACUUUCCAAGGCCCCCUUGCCCAUGUUAAAGCUAUAACUUUCCUAUUUAAGGUGGUUUUUAGUUUUUGUACAUAUGUAGAUCACCUGCCAGAACAAAUGCUGAAUUUGAAACCUUGGCUUUGCUCUAUAGAUGGGAGCAGAUCGUGUCGCUCGUCGCAGGCGCCUGAGCAGCGAGCAGCUGUGGUCUGGUUGGCUAGGUGAACGCAUGCGCUUUCCAUAGCAUUUCUGGCUCUUAGUCAAUCUCUUUUGAACAAGAACGUACGUAGUGAGCAGUUGUGCAGCUGACGUGCCCUCCAGUUGAACAAAGAUGGUGUCCGAACCCUGAGUUCUGUUGCUCCUGAACUGUGUAAUUAAAGCCCUUCCUGCUAAGUGAAUGACAGAAUUUAUUCAGCUGUAAGGAUCAUCUGUCCUCUAGUGGCUGGUGUUGGUAACACACCAUCCUCAAAGCAGUCAAGGCUUCAUAGCUUUUAGAUUGCCAUUUUAAGUGUCUUAGGGUUUAUGGAAUAAGGAAGACACAGAUUCUGGAGAAGGUGAAGGCAGGGAUACCAGAUUGGGAGUGGUUUAGUUACAUUUAAUAACAUCCUUCGUCCUAGGAAGCUAGAGGUUUGGAAUCCUUAGGAGAUCUAGGUUUCUCUCUCUUCGAGCAACCUUGUUACCCACUUGUGAUUGUUCCGUUAUUUUCGAGUGGCCAUUGGAACUGCGAAGUCUGUUCUUGUCAAUAACCAAGUUUGGUGUGACUGUGGCUCUUACUAACCUAUUUGGUGCUGGAUGAUGAGCUUCCCUCUAACCACUGAGGUGGGCUGGCGUUGUCAGCUGUAGAUGUUUAUCAUGGGCCUGUCUUCAAAUUGAAAUCACCUUUGAGCAACUUAGCAGUAGGGCAAUGUGCUGGCACGUGAAGAUCUGAGACUGAUGCUCAGACCUCCUAGGCCAGCACUGACUGGGAAUACUGUGGAACCAAUAGUCUGAACCAAGACAACAAAGAAGAGAUUUCUCUUCUGUCUCCAGCGAUCCUGCUCCCAUUAUAGGAGCAACUUCCAGCCCUCCUAACCUGGGAUGGUGGCCUACCAUGUGGCUUGAAGCCUCAGAUGAGGCUGAAGGAGAGUGAAAGUGGCUAUAGAGACCAUUGUGAAACUUUAAAAAGGCUUCAAUGUUGGAGGAUAUUUCCUAGCAAUUAUCAAGUUAGCUGUCCUCUGCGCUGUGUAAGGCUAAUACUGCUAAGUGUGCAGAAAGGGAUGGGAACCCCUGGUAAAUCUGGGUCAGAAGAGAGUUCACAAGGGGAGUGGUCUCCAUUAUUUUUCAAUGCCUUUGAGCAUCUUUUGUAGUAUCCUUGUUACAAGCCCUUACGAUUGGCAAAUGCCAGGCAUACUUAUGGGUUCUUCUAGAACCAGUCCUGGCUACAUCUCAAACAGAAUUGCAUUAACUGAUCUAAAAGGUUUCUUUCAUGUGCAGGGCCGGCUCCAGGCACCAGCCAAGCAAGCUUGUGCUUGGGGCGGCAGAUUCUACAGGGCGGCAUUCCACCCAAUCCUAGGGUGGCAUGGCCACGGUUUUGUUUUGUUUUUGUUCGCCAAUCCGGCUGCCCUGUAGAGGGCGGCGGCGCGGAGGAGGGGAGCGCCCUGCAGCAAACUCGGCACGGUAGCCUGCGUCCUUCCCUCCCCCCCACUGGAGCGGUGCAGAGCCCUCCUGGCAGGUGGCGCAGCAGUCGAGGUCACGUGGCGAGUGCCCCGCUGAAGCGCUGGCUGCCCCCCUUCUCCCUCUCCUCCCUGCUCCCUCUCCCUCCCCUUCGCUAGCCGGGGCUCGUCUGCAGU